GCGGCCUGCAUGCAUAUACUGGAAACAAAUUAAAGAGCCUCAAGGAAGAAACACUAAACUGAGUGGUGACUAGAGACUAGCAAAAGAUCAUACAGUAUACUGUGUACAACACAUGCAAUGCAGAGCAACAACCAACAAGAGCCUCAUCAUGAUGCAAGUACAAGCAAUCGUGCUCAGCACAGUCCUACUAUUAUGCUUGCCAACGUUGUCCAUGUGUGAGUAUCAAGUGAUCAACACUGGUCGAUUCGGAACAGACCGGAAUACAAUUGAGCUAGAAUGCAGAAACAAUGGUGUGGCAUUACAAGGAGCGGUCUUUUGGCUUAAUCGAGUCAGCAGAGAGAAUGAGUUACUAGCAUUGGGAGUUGAUGUGACUGUACGUCCAGAUGGUCGAAUCGUGUUUCAGAUUACAAGAGAACUGGAGGGAACAUUCUUUUGUGGUCAAAACGUAGAAAAUUUCGGUUCAGUUGGACAACAGUUGAUUGCUUAUCCUGACCAAUUCCUAUCACCAAAUUAUGAACGGACUUUCUUUGCCAAGGUUGGCACCACUGCUCGCCUGCAUUGCUCCAUUCUACCCGGGGCACUCAGGGCACAGUACUUUGCAGAUUGGAGAAAUGCCACAAGCUCUAUAGAGGUUGCUAGACUCGAUGGACCACGAGCCUCCUCUCCACUCUCCACCACUCCGGACCCAAGGUUCAUGGUUGAUGAGACGACGUUUGCCCUCAUUAUUGAGUCAGUGAGUCUAUCUGAUGCAGGUAACUACCAGUGUGUGCUCGGUGUGAGGGACCCGGCCGGUCUGCCUCUUAUCUAUCCCCAAACUGAGACACUCAACCUGACACUCGUCGUCUAUCAGGCUCCAAUAAUCACCGAGUCUCCAAAGAACCGCAUCAUUGCUCUUGAUGACAACAGACCGAACCAAAGUGCCACCUUCCAUUGUCAAGCAAGAGGGCAACCAAAACCUGAAAUCAAAUGGCUGCACCACUCACCAGAUAUUGAAGACGAUUUAAACUCAGACACGAUUGGGAAAUACUUAUUACGUACAGAUGCUGUAAGUACGCCAACUGGAGAUUACAUUGUCAGUAGUUGGUUAACUGUUAACACGGUGGAUGCUUUUGAUGCGGGUGAGGUGGUGUGCAGUGUAAUGGCCGAUGAUGAUGAACUACCUACUGAUUUACAGACAGUACAGACAAUGGCUCAACUAGCUGUAAUUGGGAGCUUUAACAGUUUGGACCUACUAAUUUCAACAAAUGGCGACAUCAUAUUUAAACUAAGACUACCUUAUCCUAUUCUGGUUCCUGUGCAACUAUCUAUCAUCUACAUGGACGCUAAUGACAACAGAAAAAUCUUUUCAAAAGUGACUGAAAAUGCGUACAUCGGUACAGACCUAAUCACUCAUUUUGAGCCAAGUUUUCAAGUCCCCACUGAUUUUAACACUGUCAGGAUCAGAAUAGCCCUGCGGUAUCAGAGACUACAAGGACCAUUCAAUGAAUCGCCACUCACAUUCGAUAUCCGACGUCCAAAUUUUUUCAGAGAGGAGGAAACCAGUGUCAAGAGUGUGACUAUCAUCAGUAUAGCUGGAUCAGUCGUUGCGAUCUGUGUAGUCAUCACUGUUUUGGUUGCAGUAUUAACUUGUAUCACAUGUCGAGAAACGACAAAGCGCAAGCUGAAAGCAGCUCAUGAAGAUAAAAACUGCCACAAUUUGGAAAUGAAAGAACGCAAUCUGGAAGAACGCAAUCUGGAAGAACGCAAUCCUCAGCGCACAAUUAAACGGACUAACUCCCUUCCCCACCUUAACAUUGAAAAAUGUGAAGUAUAUCUGCUUCCUCCUGGCACAAGAUCUAAACAAGAUUUCUUGGCACUUUUUCCCCAUAUAGCCAGCAGUUUGUAUAAGGAAAUUUCCUCCCCCUAAUAUACUUCUGUCAUGUCAUAGAUCAUAUAGCUAAUAGCUGCUUAUAAUUAAUAUUGUGCAAGCUACUUGGGUGAUGGGUGAAGUAUUUAUAGACUUAAA